AGAGACAUGAUAUUGAAUGUUGCUUGUUGGGAACUUGGGUCUUCGGGUGGAUUUACUGUGCUGUGUAAGGAGGUAUUUUUAAAGGUUCUCUAAAAACAGUUAGAAGCAAUGGAGGCAGCCUUAGAAAAGGCAUUAGCCAAUCCCGGUAUGGGUCUACUAUUGUUAGAUGAUACUAAUCGUGGAUUGGCUGAAGAUGUGGAGCAAUUACGGCAACAAGUCUCUCGUGCAGAAGAUACGUGGAAACUAGAAAAUGAAGGACAUAAACGUAACUCUGAGUAUGUCUCGGAUAUGACACAGAUGUUGGAAAAUAUACAGGAGCUAGUGCUUGUUCAUCGUCAAGAUAUUGAAUCAGAAACCAAGCAAGAAAAAGCUGCAAGUAAUGAAGCAGAAGGCAUAGUGAGACAAUGCAGGAAAAGGCACAACGACUUGGCGAAUAUCCAAGAAGCUUCUGAACUGCUAGAAACCCAUGUGACCCAGCGCCAGAGAGAACUUGAAGAUUUGCAGAAGAAUUUGACUGGAGACUCUAGUUUCCUGAAGGAAUUACUGGACCAUUUAGCAGAGGCUGAUCAUGAUAACUUAUUGUUGUUGCAGUAUUCUGCAGAGGAUGCUUCCAAGAUUAAGGAGCUCAGUGUUGCCCUUGAACGUACAAGUGGUGAAGUAGCAGCUGCAGAAGCAGAGCUGUCUAGCGCUCAAGCAGAGGCAGCAGCAGCACAGACAGCCUUAGACCAACUUGGAACAGCAUUUCUACAAGCAGCUGCUCAUCGGGAUCACCUUCUGGCUCAGUGGGAAAUCACUCUGCACCAUAUCUACCAGAAAGCUAAUGAUCAGACUUCUUGUAUUGAGGAUUCAUUAGCAGCCCAGCAGAAGAUUGGAAUUCUUAAGGGAGAGGUGAAUCAAGAGAGCCAAAUUUUAAAACAAGUGCAAAAAUCAAGCCAAGAGGUUGUGGAGAACACUAGACUUGUAGAGGAGGAGGGAACAUGGUUUAAAGAGCAGUAUCAAAGUGUAUCUUUAACUAGAGAACAGAUUGAGUCUCAGCUCUGGGCUCUUCAGAAUACUCUCAGUAAAGUUAACAAAGAAAUUGAAAGCUUGAGUCUUCAAUCAGCAGAACAACGAGAAUUUCGAAAGGAAAAAGAAGCAUUCCUUGCUAGCAUAGAGCAGAAGUGCAAGAAAUCUGAGGAGAAGUUGACAGUCAAUACUGAACUUGUAAUAUCAGCUGAAGAGUCACUGCAUUCUUUAGAAGCCAUGAUAAAGGAAGCUGAAGGUCUGAUGAAAAGCUUAAUCAAACAGAAGGAGAGAGUGAUGGAGGCUGAACUCCAUCAUAAAAAGGCUGUGACUAUUUGGCAGCAGCAAGAGGCAUUGAUCAAAGGGGAGGUCACAGCAUUACUUUCAACAAAGGCUCGGAACUUGGUCUAUAUAAAGGAACUAGAUGUCAGGGCAGUGAAACAAAAGGAAGUUCUCCAUGAUCAGGAAUUGAACAUACAACAGCUCCGCCGACAUAUCCAUGAACUUACCCAUGAUGGGAACGACAAUUCUGUUGAUGUAGAUCAGCAAAAGCAGUUGGAGCUCUUAAACUUGCGGCUUCAAGAAGUGUCUACUACCAUUAAGAUACUUGCAAAGCAACUUGUGAUUCUCAAAAAUACACGAUCAAAUGAACAGGGAAAAGUGUCUCAGUUGAAAAAAUAUGGCCAGAAACUGGAAGCAGAUGUGACUACAGUCAAGAUGAGUAACACCAGUGCAGAAAGAGAACGUGCAAAACUGGCCAACAGUUGUGAAGAACUGACUGUGGAUGUCAGCUUAACUCAACUGCACUUGCAGCAGCGAAUGCAUCGUCUCCAAACUGUUAUGAACAACACAUCACGACUCUCACAAGACAAGACAGAUAUGGAAAAGUUAGUAUCAGAACAGAUAAAUGGAGUGAAGAUUCGUAUCAAAGAAGCAGAUAUUAACCUAAGGGGUGUGAACAGUGAGAUGCACCAACUCUCUCUUCAACUACAUGAAGUUACUAACAGAGUACUUCACCUGAAAGACAAACACAGAAAAAUUCAGUGCAGUAUUGAUACCCCAGAAGGUGAAGAAGGGUCUACUGCGCAGGUUUUUCUUAAGGUUGCCCAUGAACGUGCAGGCUUGCAAGAGACGGGUGAUCUGCUGGAUCUAGAAGUAAGGAGGGCAGAAGAAGAGGUAGAAGCAUUGCAGCAAAUGGUAGCUCUAAUUAGUAUUGAAGGCCAACAGUAUCGGUCACAACUACAUGAUAUUCUCUAUCAUAGUGAGGAACAAAAAGAGAGAGUUGUUCUUGAAGGGAAUCUUGCUGCUCUGGAGGAAGAGAUUAUAGUCUGGCAGACUUUGCUGGAUCAGGCCCAGGGAGACUUAGAGGGUACCCAAGGUAAACUUCAUGAAGUUGAACUACAGGUUCAUGCUGUAGAGGAACUUCUUCGAGAAAAGAACAUACACAUGACAGCUGUUCAACGAGAGAUUGAGAACCACCAAACAAAAACUCGACAAGCUUCUGUUGCUGUAUCAAAUCUCCAGUGGAGGACUAGAAGAAAAUCUUUACAACAGUACGACAUUGAGCUGAGGUUAGCCCAGGAGCGUCUACGUAUGAUCAAUUCUCUUCUUGGCGAUGCAGUAUCAUUUCAUCCAGAAGCAAGUGGAGCAGUAAUGAUAUACUGCCAACAAGUUAACAUUCCACCACCUGAUGUGACAAAAUUAACCAAGAGGGAAUCAUUUGGCUCCAGGUCAAGCAUUGGCACCUUACAAUCUUCUCGAAGCAGUAGCUCCAGUCGACCAAGAAGUAUAUCUCCUGGUGCAGCAUCAUGGAAGUCUGCCAGUCACCAUUUAUCCAUGUCAUCUCUCCCUUCUGAGGAUUCAGGUCGGAGUGGUUCACCACAUCAUACCAACUUGAGGACAAAAAGGAGUAGCAGUGAAAUCAGAUCAGCGAGUUUGAAGCUCACAGCCACGCCUAAAAUAACACUUCUGAAUCCUGCAUUUCCUGUCAAAGAAUUAAAGAGGCAUCAGUUACAAGGACGGAAGCUCUUAAAAAGGCCUACUGUUCAUUUAUAAAUUACUUUCUAAGUAAAUGUAAAACUGUAGUGACCAAACUUCAAGAGAAAUUAAAUAUAAUGUAUUACCACUGUAUACAAAUCCUUGUGAGGAUCAGACACUUUUUUCUUGACCGCAAGUACCUGUAGUGUAUGGGAAUUAAUGGCAUGAUAUUGUCAUGCGUACCCGCGAUAAAGGGGAUAUCUCGGUAGCACACUGGGCCCAUUGUUCUUUGUUUGUUUUAUAAAUGUCAUGCCAGAAGGUAUACUGUACAUUCCCCCAUACAAAUGUUUGUGGACGAUGCCAAGUUAUUCAGGUAAAUUAAGAACCACACAGCCUGUUUAAAAGUUACAGAAAGAUCUCAGUCAUCUUCAGAACUGGUCAAAGGAAUAGCUGUUAAGAUUUAAUGUCACAGAUUGCAAGAGGAUGCACCUAGGUGGUACCAACAGUUGUUAGGAGACAUAUCACAUGUCCCAUUGGGAUGAAGAAAUUGCAUUAACAGAAUCCAAAUGUGAAAAGGACCUGGAUGUGUAUGUUAACAACAAACUUGAUUUUUGGACCAUAGUAGGUCUUAUAAUAAGGGCAUUCAGAUACCUAAGUAGUCUGUCCUUCAUAAUGCUCCGAGGUGCUUCUCCAGUUGGAGUACAGUACUGUACUCUACUGUCCAACCAUCUGCUCCCUGAGAUAUGCUAGAAACUGCCAAUUAAUUGAAAACAUCCAAAGGAGGGUAAACUUUUUUGGAGUGAAAGUUGUGAACUCCUGGAACAAUCUGCCAGAGAACAUUGUGACGGCACCAAGUGUGAGCUCAUUCAUGACCAGACUUGAACAACACUGGCGCAGGUACAGAGACAUUCUGGAACCAGUACUUGCCAAUUGGUCAUAACAGAGAUGUGACCAAUUGCUCAAGAGGCUAAUGAACCUAUCAGUGGUUUAGAAGAUAAAGUAAAGAUGGUCAUUUUCUUUUCUUUAUGAAGAAUACUUUAUACGGGUAUGUUAAGAUCUUCAAAAUCAACACCAAGUAUCACGAUAAGAAUUAGUGCUGUCUCAGGUAAGAGACAAUUAGUGUACAUUAAUAUUAAAUGGAAUAGUCCUCCAUAAGAUAGUCAUAAACAUCUAAAUAAUAUACAGUAUCCUAUAUUGUAAAUAGUUUCUUAUAUUUUUAAUUUAAAGUACAGUACUGUACAGUACUGUAUAUUGAAAGUGAUGAUGAACCAUAAAGGUAGCCAGAACUAUACAUUAAGUUAUAUAUACAGUACACUGUACUGUAUAUACUGUAUAUUUAACCAAAGCAACUAUUAAUUGCUUAGAGCCUCACCAGAAUUUUUUAAAUAUGGUACACACACUAAACUGUAGAAUACUGUAGUAUCAGUGAUGGCAUCCCUUAUCACGUACUGUACUGUAUUGACUCAUUUAAUUUCCACUUGUUUCAGGGUCUAGUUAAGCAGACAUAAAUAACUGAGAAUAUUCAUGGGUUUAUGUGGACAGAUGUUUUUGAAUAAUUCUCUCAGUAAUAUAAUUGAAGCUUUGACAAAAAAUGAGACCUUUUGUAAUUUUAGCCUUUAUGGAUCUCCUGAAAAUUAGCCUCCCAGAUAGUUUCUGAUUGGUUAAACUUCAAGUUGGUUAAUCUGGUGGGCAAGUCUUCAGGUGAACACUUAGGGGGCUCAUGUUAAGAACAUAAAAUAAGGAGUCUGCAAUUGGCCGGUUGGCCUGUGCAUAGCAGCUCCUGUCCAUAAAGGCUAAAUGUGUGAAAGGUUUUGUUCUCAAUCUCGACUACAUCACUGAAUUUCCUCAUCUUUUGGUUUUACCUUUGCAAGUUCACAGUUACUGUACAGUUAAACUUAAAUACUACACCUACUGUAGCUAUUUACAUGAUGUGCCAAAAGUCCAAAACACAUCUAAUUCUACAUUCUGUAUUCCAAAUCUAUAUUAAACAUAUAAAAAAUA